GGGCGCGAUGGCGGAGGCCGGGCUGCAGGCGCCGCCGCCCCCGGGCACCCCAAGCCAGCAUGAGAAGAGCCUGGGGCUUCUUACCACCAAGUUCGUGUCACUUCUGCAGGAGGCCAAGGACGGCAUGCUUGACCUCAAGCUGGCAGCUGACACCCUAGCUGUGCACCAGAAGUGGUGGGUUUAUGACAUUACCAACGUGUUGGGAGGUAUUGGGCUGACUGAGAAGAAAUCCAAGAACAGCAUCCAGUGGGAGGGCGUGGGGCCUGGCUGCAACACCCGGGAGGUUGCCAACAAGCUGAUCGAGCUCAAGGCAGAGAGCGAGGAGCUGCAGCAGCGGGAGCAGGAGCUGGACCAGCACAAGGUGUGGGUGCAGCAGAGCAUCCAGAACGUCACGGAGGACGUGCAGAACAGCUGCUUGAGCUGCUUGGCCUACGUGACUCAUGAGGACAUCGGCAGAUGCUUUGCUGGAGACACCCUCCUGGCCAUCCGAGCCCCGUCGGGCACCAGCCUGGAGGUGCCCAUCCCAGAGGGUCUCAAUGGGCAGAAGAAGUACCAGAUUCACUUGAAGAGUGUGAGUGGCCCCGUCGAGGUACUGCUAGUGAAUAAGGAGGCGUGGAGCUCCCCACCCGGGGCUGUGCCCGUGCCACCACCUGAAGAUCUGCUCCAGAGUCCACCUGCUCUUUCUACCCCUCCGCCUCUGCCCAAGCCUGCCCCAGCCCAGCCCCAGGAAGCCUCACGGCCAAGCAGUCCCCAGCUGACCACCCCUGUCCCUGUCUCGGGCAGCACCGACAUUCAGGGGGUGGCCGACGUAGCAGCUGAGAUCACAGUGAGUGGUGGCCCUGGAACUGAGAGCAAGGACAGUGGUGAGCUCAGCUCCCUCCCCCUGGGCCCGACGAUGCUGGACACCCGGCCACUACAGUCUUCUGCCCUGCUGGACAGCAGCAGCAGCAGCAGCACCAGCAGUUCGUCCGCACUCAACCCUUCUACCUCCUUUGAGCCUAUCAAGGCAGACCCCACAGGCGUUCUGGAACUCCCUAAAGAGCUGUCAGAGAUCUUCGAUCCCACACGAGAGUGCAUGAGCUCAGAGCUGCUGGAGGAGUUGAUGUCCUCAGAAGUGUUUGCCCCUCUCCUCCGUCUUUCUCCGCCCCCUGGAGACCACGAUUACAUCUACCACCUGGACGAGAGUGAAGGUGUCUGUGACCUCUUUGAUGUGCCUGUUCUCAACCUCUGACUGACAAGGGACAUGCUGUGUGUGGCUGGGACCCAGACUCUCUGACCUGGGGACCCCUCCCCCCACCCCUGCAUAGCUUGAGAGCCACAGACGCCUGGCUUCCCAGCCCGCCCUCACUGCGGUUUUGGCCACAACUCCCACUCCUGUAUUGGCACUUGUACUGUGCUACAGAGCGGGAGAAAGGGGCUCUGCCCCCUCCACCGUGGAGCCAAAGUGUUCACCUGUCCUUUCGCGGAGCCUUCCCGAGCCCAGGCUCCGCUGC